GGUUUUGUUCACUGAAGCUCUCUGCUUUUUGGAGCUUCCAUCAAUGGCUGACAUUACACACCCUCCAAUGGACCAGCUACAGGACCUUGAGUACUGUAUUGACUCCAACCCUCCUUGGGUUGAAACCAUAGUUCUGGCAUUUCAAAACUACAUUGUGAUGCUUGGCACAAGUGUAAUGAUUCCUUCAUUACUUGUCCCUGCAAUGGGCGGAAGUGAUGGUGACAAAGCACGAGUCAUACAGACUCUCCUCUUUGUUGCUGGAAUUAAGACACUUCUCCAAGCACUUUUUGGAACCAGGCUACCUGCUGUAGUUGGAGGCUCCUUUGCUUAUGUCGUCCCAAUAGCCUACAUUAUAAAUGACUCCAAGUUCCAUCGGAUUACUGAUAAUCAUGAAAGAUUUAUACAAACAAUGCGUGCUAUCCAAGGGGCUCUAAUUGUAGCUUCAAGCAUACAAAUCAUUCUGGGUUACAGCCAAGUUUGGGGUCUCUUCUCACGGUUUUUCAGUCCACUUGGCAUGGCACCUGUAGUUGGAUUAGUUGGUUUAGGAUUAUUUGAACGAGGAUUUUCAGAGUUGGGGAAGUGUGUGGAAAUUGGAAUUCCAAUGCUGUUGUUGGUUAUAGGCUUUUCUCAAUAUCUGAAGCAUGUGAGGCCACUUAGAGAUGUCCCUAUCUUUGAACGGUUUCCGGUAUUGAUUUGUGUCACAAUCAUCUGGAUCUAUUCUCUGACCUUAACUGCUGGCGGGGCUUACCGAGACAAACGUGAGAUAACACAAGUCAGCUGUCGUACAGAUAGAGCAAAUCUCAUAUCGACUGCCCCAUGGUUCAAGUUUCCAUAUCCGCUGCAGUGGGGUCCACCUACAUUUUCUGCUGGUCACUCAUUUGCAAUGAUGUCUGCAGUUCUUGUUUCAAUGGUUGAGUCAACUGGCGCAUACAAGGCUGCAUCCAGAUUGGCGAUUGCCACUCCUCCUCCUGCUUAUGUUUUGAGCAGGGGUAUUGGCUGGCAGGGAAUCGGUGUUCUGCUUGAUGGACUUUAUGGAACAGGCACUGGUUCAACUGUUUCUGUGGAAAACGUCGGACUCCUUGGAUUGACACGAGUUGGAAGUCGUAGAGUUGUUCAAAUUUCUGCUGGAUUUAUGAUAUUCUUCUCAACCUUGGGUAAAUUUGGAGCUGUAUUUGCAUCUAUACCAGCCCCUAUCUAUGCUGCACUAUACUGCAUUCUGUUUGGCCUCGUGGCUUCAGUGGGAUUAUCAUUUCUUCAGUUCACAAAUAUGAAUUCCAUGAGAAAUCUCAUAAUUACCGGGCUUUCACUGUUCCUUGGGAUAUCAGUUCCCCACUUUUUCAAUGAAUAUUGGAAUCCUGCCCAUCAUGGUCUUGUCCAUACCAAUGCCGGAUGGUUCAAUGCAUUUUUGAAUACUAUAUUCUCGUCUCCUGCUACUGUCGGGUUAAUAGUGGCAGUGUUUCUUGAUAACACAAUAGAGGUAGAAAAAGCAAAGAAAGACAGAGGAAUGCCAUGGUGGGUUAAGUUUAGAACAUUUCGAGGAGACAGCAGAAACGAAGAGUUCUACACUUUGCCGUUUAAUCUCAACAGGUUUUUCCCACCCACUUAGCACUCAGGCAGGCACAUUUGAGGAAAAACUACGUCUGAUUAAUUCCUUCUGCAUCACCCUAAUUUUUACAUGAGUAAUCAGCUUCAUUAGAGUAGU